AUGACAACUGCACCAGACACAAAUGACAACCCGGACCUUCAUGACGGAGCUUGCUCUACCUGCCGCCGCAAGAAGCAGAAAUGCUCCCGCGAAGAACCUUGCCGAACCUGCAUUUCAAGUGGUUCCGAGUGUAUUUAUGAGCAUGCUCAACGCCGCGGCGCCAAACCUGGAUAUAUAGACACCCUCAUCAAACGCAUGGACACGCUUGAAGCUUUGGUUUUGGGACAAUCAAUGCUGCUUGGGCCUGCUAUUGCUCCCACAAAGAAUGCGUCAGAUGACCCCCCAAACUUGGGUGAGAUGCUGCAGGCGGUUCGACAGCGGCUACUUCAGCAAAGCAAUAAAAGACGACGGACUCAUAGCGCUUCCGAUUGCUCGUCACCAUCGGGAACAGCUGUUUUGGCCCCGCUUAGUUACUCCAAAGGGCAGAGUGGUGCUGAUGCCUCAACGGUGCACUUGUCGGGAUCGCCCAAGGCAUCUGUUCCGCCACUCCACAUGAUGCGAGAACUUGUCAACAUUUACUUUAACCGUAUACACCCGUGGAUACCCAUUUUACACAGGCCGGAUAUUGAGGCGGCGUUGGAAACUCAAAAUGGAAAUCUCCCUGACAUUGUCCUACUGGCUAUGACUGCGGUCAGCAUCCGAUUCUACACUUCUGACCGCCAAACCCAGGAACUAUACAGUCGCCGAUGCCAUGACGCUGUAAUUCUUGCCUGUAUGGAUCGUUUCUCGGUACAAACUCUACAGGCAAGUAUAAUCCUCGCCUUCAACACAAUCGGCAGCGGUAAAGGACCUACGAGUUGGUCUAUUGUUUCGUCAGCGACUCGAAUCGUGGAACAAUUAGGAUUAGCCGUAGAAGACGAAGGAAUGUCACAGAACAAACUUCUUAAUCGCAUAGGGUUUCUACCGCCGGCGAGGAAUCUGACGGAAAAAGAAUCUUUCCGAAGAAUAUUUUGGUGCAUCUUCCUCUUAGAUCGGUUUUGCUCCGUCGCUACCGGCUGGAAUACAGGACUAUCUAUUGACCACAUCAAGAGGCGCCUCCCUGUAGAGGGAUGUUUCUGGAGAGAUCAGGUGAAUAAAACCGCCAAAUAUUUUGACAUUGACAACAACAAAAUAGAUCCAGACGUCGACACAGAUGCAAUGGGGGGUUUGGCCUAUCUUAUCGAAGCAUCCGAGUGUCUGAAUCGUGUCGCAACUUUUCUUCUCCAAGAGUCCGUCGAUCUUUCCAAAAGUGAGAGUUUACGACGGUGGUUUGAGAGAUUCCAAUCACUGGAUGCUAUGCUUAUACGUUGGAAAACUUUUCUCCCUGCACGAUGGCAGGUCGCUGGCAUUGACGCGACUGGCAAAAUGGAUGAAAAUCUAACACUCGCUCAUGUCACGCACAACACCAGUGUCAUCAUGCUGCACCAAGUCAUGGCGUAUCCGGACGCUGUUUUGCGUAGCCGCUUGCCGACUGAGAAUGCUGCCAAGACAUGCAUCUUGGCGGCUGGUGAAAUUGCAACAAUCGCCGCCAAAUUUAUCGCUAACACAGUCGUGGUCAUACCACCGACGCUGAGUUUCUGUCUAUUCAUUGCCGCAAGGGCUUUGCUCGCUGACGCAAACCAUUCAAACGCGCCGGUGGAUGAUAACUUUGAGAUACUGCUCCAAGCUCUUCAGGAGGGCUCAUCCCGGUGGGUUGGCCCUAACGCCUCUACUGAGAGAGACAAUUUGGCAGGCCAAUUUGCCGACAGACUCGACGCUGCUUGGAAGUCUCGGUCACCUGUCAAUAUUCGUACGGUCGCCUUUGAGGACGACCAUAGCACUUUCCCAAUAUCUUUCGCUAGCCCGCCGAUACCGGACAUAUUUCGCGAUGCUUCCGCCAACGUCUCGUCCAUAUUUGGUGCAAUGGUGCCAGAACCAUAUAAUGCCCCUGACAUGGAUUUUCAAAGCUUCGAUCGUAUAUUUACCUGGACAGAUGAAAUGAUUGAUAACAGUCUUAAUGUAACGUAA